AUAAAAAAGUCACACAAGUUUUUAUUUUAAACUUUUACUCACUCCAAUGGCUUUUUUUUUCUUCCAAAAACCCUUCUCCCUCAUCUUUUCCAAUUGCCCAAUUUCGUUCAUUUCUCAACGGAUCAGAUUUAGUUUUUGCCAAAUUCUGUUCAUUUCUGAGCGGAUUAGAUUUCUAUUUCGGUAACUAGAAUUUUAAUUAUGUUAAUUUCAUGGGUUCCUAUUUUUUGUUAUUGUGAUUUGAUAAUUGAAAUAUUGUAACGAAGAUGGUGGAGGCGUAGAGUUUUGAUUGCGACUUUGAUGGACGUGGGGAGUUUUGAUUGUGGAUGAUGGAGGUGAGGGGGCUUGUUGUGGUUGUUAAGUUGGCUUCUCUAUCAUCUUUUCCAAUCGUCCAAUUUCGUUCAUUUCUCAGUAGAUCAGAUUUCCAUUUCGGUAAUUGGAAUUUUAAUUAUGUUAAUUUCAUGGGUUUCUAGUUUUUUGUUAUUGUGAGUUGAAAAUUGAAAGAUUGUAGCAAAGAUGGUGGAGACGAAGAGUUUUGAUUGCGACUUUGAUAGAGGCGGGGAGUUUUGAUUGCGGAUGAUGGAGGUGAGGGGGCUUGCUGCGGUUGUUAAGUUGGCUUCUCCCUCAUCUUUUCCAAUCGCCCAAUUUCGUUCAUUUCUCUGCACAACCAAUUUCGUUCAUUUCUUAGUGGAUUAGAUUUUGUUUUCACCCAAUUUCGUUAAUUUCUCAGCGGAUUAGAAUUCCAUUUCGGUAAUUGGAAUUUUAAUAAUGUUAAUUUCAUGGGUUUCUAUUUUUUGUUAUUGUGAGUUGAUAAUUGAAAGAUUGUAACGAAGAUGGUGGAGGCGAAGAGUUUUGAUUGUGACUUUGAUGGAGGUGGGGGGUUUUGAUUGUGGAUGAUAGAGGUGAGGGGACUUGUUGUGGUUGUUAACUUGGAGGGGGAGGGGUUUAUGGCAUGGAGCUGGGGGGUUUUGCUGUGACUGCUAUGUUGGAAGGGGUGAGUUUGGUGGCAAUUCAAAGUCGCAUUGUUGAUAUUUGGCAAGAGAGUGAGAGUGAAAGGGAGAGAGAGGAGCGUGGCGAUGGAGCUAAGCGGGUUAGAUUCAGAUGGCAAACAGUUCAAGAACACAGAAGAAAUGUGGAGAGAACAAAUUGGCCAAGAAGGCGAGCCCCACAAGAAGACUCAGUGGUACCGCGAAGGCGUUACAUAUUGGGAAGGGGUUGUCCGUCCCUUCCUCACCGCUACUGGGGGUGAAGCGCAACAGGACUAUGUCACAUCUUUCCGAGCAUUGGAGGAUGAAAUGGAUGAAGGGAUAGACCGCCUGAUGCGGGAGCUACAAGGGGUCACACAUGUGAGGGCAGUUGCAGGGCUACUGCUUGAGAAUGUGGUUGACGCCGAGGAGGAUGAAACAGGAAUCGGCGGGAGGGAGGAGGAGGGGAGGGAGGAACAGGUUCGUAUGCCUCAACAAACGGGUACAACAAGUACCGCUUUGCCGAGGUGUGCGGGUCGGGAGAGUGAGGUGGUUGACCUCAUUAACAGUUUGUUUGAUAGUUUUACAACAGCUGUUUAUGGCAGGUUUGAUAGGAUGAAAGAGCAGUUGAAAAGGGUGGAAGAGAAAGUGGAUAAGGUGGGAGAAAAAGUUGUUAGGGUGGAGGAGGAAGUUGGUGGAGUAUUAAAGGCGGUUGAAGUGCAACCUGGGCUGAGAAGAGAGAGCCGAAAGAGCAGGUUUGUGAAAUCGCCUUACACCGUACUAACACGUGGAAUUAAGAGGAAAACAAAGAAACAAAGUGAGGAAGAAGCCAAAAAUGAGGAGGUUAAGGGGGUUGCUGGAGGCAGUAGGGUAGUUAUAAUGGAGGAGGUUGAGGCGGGAGGCGAAGGAAGCGGGGAUGUAGAAAUGGAGGAAGGGGGAGGAAGCGGGCAAGCAAAAAUGGAGUCCACUGUUGAUUUGUAUAGGCCAAUAGAGGAGGAAAAGAAAAAACCCUUCUAUGUCUAUUACAAUGAAUCCGGAAGUGAUGCCCUUGUAAAGCCUAAGACCAGGGAUUAUUCUCGGGAAUGGUUUGGAGAGAUUUUGACGAUGGGCAGCUCAUCGAUGAGGUAUUGGCACUGAUGAGGCUGCGACAAACCAGCAAUGGUGAUCUACUGUAUCCCGAUUGUGCCAUCACCGAUAUGGCCUUUGGCCAAACGCUGGUAUCGACAUAUCGCAAUUUAUUGAAAAAGACCAUUGGUGCAUCUGUAGCAAAAGGAGCCAAAUGAAAAUGAUCGAGCAUAGAAGACUUGGACUGCGUCCCUAAUGAUUUUAGGUUUGAUGACAGGAUGAUGCAGUAUAUAAUGGGGGAUAAGCCUAAAUAUGGCCACAGUUGGGCAAAGGUUAAGAGCGUCUACUGCAUCAUCCUGGUCAAGGAAAUGUACUAGAUAGCAGUUGUGGCGCUCUUAGAGGAGAGGUUGCUGAAGAUCCUUGACUACAACCCAACAAUUUGUCGAGACAGACAGUUGGAGGCCUAGUUGGAGACAUUGUCCGUGUUGUUCUCGCGGCUGUUACGCGACUGUUACGCGACAGCGGGAUGUUUGACCACCUCAGUGAUGAAGCAUUGACGGGAAAGUGGCCACUCAAGCGCGUUCCUGUCCUAACAAAUGAAUCAAGUGCUGAUUGUGAGGCAUAUGCCCUGAAAUUUAUUCAGUUCGACAUGACCAACACCCCGAUGGACGGAUUGAAUGAUGAAACAAUGACCAUUUUUCGGGAGCGCUAGGCUGUUGAGUGCUUCCAUGGGGAAAUGGAUCCGUUUUGAGUUACCAUAACCCAAUCAAAAGGUUUAGGGUUAUACAGAGCUUUACCGAAAUAUACGGACUCAGUGAACUUCUCAAUCUUGCACUCCAUAACUUGGGUUCGUGACGAGAGAAAAUUUUCCAGGUUGCUGGCAAACAAUGAGAGGGAACUUUUGAAACUGGCUUGGCCUGUCAGAGUAGGCUGCCCGCAAGGCAUCUGCAAUCAAGGCUAGUGGCCAGGAGGCGGCAUCUGCAAUCAAGGUUGGUGUCCAGGAGGAGGCAUCUUCUGCAAUCAAGGUUGGUGGCUAGGAGGAGGCAUCUUCUGCAAUCAAGGCUGCUGGCAAGACAUGGUACCAAACAAUGAUCUCAGACAGUUAUUAAACCGAAUUUGAAAGCUUCUUAAAGUGGCGGCAUCUGCAAGCAAGGCUGCUGGCAAGGCAUGGUACCAAUCAAUGAUCUCUGACUGUGAUUAUACCGAACUUGAAAGCUUCUCAAAGUGGCUGAGGAUUUAUUCUGUUUUGGUACUAUUAUGAAUGAUUUUAAGUUUAAACUUUCAAUUCAUUGAUGCCUCUUACAUUUUGAUUUGUGAUGGAUUAGAUUGAUAUAAAUGACUUCAUUUUGCUGCUUAUUCUUUUCGGAUUUGGGAGGGAAAUGAUUCUGCCUCGGAAUGUAUCACAAUCACAGUUAUUUCAAAAUUACCUUUAU